AAUUGUUUCUGGUUUUUACUUUUUAUGAUAUUUUUCCUUGCACAUCUUGAAUUUUAGCUUGAUAUCUUUUGAUAGCAUCUUUUACUAUUUAGCAUUUUUUAUUUAUUUACUAUGUGUAUAAGAGUGGUUAAUGUAUGUGGGUGUGCUUGUGCAGUGAUGUAUGUGAAAGUCAAGAGGACAACUUGGAGGAGCCCUUUCUUGUUCUUCUCUUUUUGUUACGUAGAUACCCAGGAUCCAACCUAGAUCAUAGGGAUUGGUGGCAGGCACUGUCAUAUGCUCUUGAGACAUUUUAUUGACCUAUCCAGCAUAUUUCAAUGGUGCACAUGCAACCUAGAGGUUGCCAGAAAUGGAAAGGAAAAUAAGCAGAAUCUGUCUUGCUUCUGAACCCAACGUAACUUAUUUUCUGCAAGUGUCUUGGGAGAGAACAAUAGGAACUGGUUUUGCUAUUACACUUACUGAUGGCCAUUCAGCCUGGACUGCAUCAGUUUCUGAAUCAGAGAUUUCCCAAGAAGCGGAUGACAUGGCUAUGGAGAAAGGAAAAUACAUUGAUGAGCUGAGAAAGGCACUGGUGCCAGGGUCGGGAGCAGCUGGCGCAUACAAGUUCACCUUUUUUAAGGAGUCUCUGCAGUUCUCCAUCGAGAAAGAACUGAAAGAUGUUUCUUUUAGACUUGGUUCCUUCAACCUAGACAAAGUUUCAAACUCAGCUGAAGUCAUUAGAGAACUCAUUUGUUACUGCCUGGACACCAUUGCAGAAAAACAAGCCAAAAAUGAGCACCUGCAGAAAGAAAACGAAAGGCUCCUGAGAGAUUGGAACGAUGUUCAAGGCCGAUUUGAGAAAUGUGUGAGUGCCAAAGAAGCCUUGGAGGCCGAUUUAUAUCAAAGAUUUAUCUUGGUGCUGAAUGAGAAGAAAACAAAGAUCCGAAGCUUGCAUAAGUUGUUAAAUGAAGUCCAGCAGCUGGAGGAGAGUGCCAAACCUGAAAGGGAAACUCCAUGUUCUGAUAAAGCACCUGAGGAGGACGGGCUUUAUGAUGGAAGCACUGAUGAAGAAAGUGGAACCCCUGUGCAGGCUGCAGAAACACUUUGUAAGGAUGAUUCCAUAUUUUCAAGUCCGGAUGUCACUGACAUUGCACCAAGUAGGAAAAGGAGACACCAAAUGCAGAAGAAUCUUGGGACAGAACCUAAAAUAGCUCCACAGGAGUUGCCUCUACAGGAGAAGGAAAGGCUUGCCUCUUCACUGCCUCAGACCUUGAAAGAGGAGCGCGCCUCCGCUGAAAACAUGUCUUUAGAAACCCUGAAAAACAGCUGCCCAGAAGACCUCUUUGAUUAGCUUUAACCCUAGAACACAACACUAGUGUUCAAUGGACUAUAUUCUUUCUCCAGUUCCUUUGGAUGAGAAGACAGACUUUCAGCUUAGCAGCCGUGGUUACUAUGUCUCGGAGCUUUACUGUGUGUAUCCAGUGAAUUACACAGGUAUGUGAUGAUCAGAUUGGAUGACAGAGGAACACUUUUCUCCCUUCCUUAUUCCAUUCAUUAAAUCUGACUUUUGUUGCAAAAGGCAUGUUUAUUGUAUUUGUCUGCACAUUAUUGUAGCUUUCUAAUGACUCUUGGAAGAUUUUGGAAAUAUGGCAAAAAAAUCUUUAAUUCUUUUUUAAUUGUACUUUAAAUUAUUUUUGUUUGAAAAUUCUAAUUUAUGAUGUGACACAUAUAAAAUACAUCAUUAUCUUAUAUGUAAACAAUCUGAAAAUCUGAUAGUUAAUAAAAAUUUGUUUUCUUAAAGGAA